AUGACAACUAGGCGCGAGGGACCGCAAGUGGUGCUGAAGACGCGGGAGCAGCAGCAACAGAAACAACAAAAAGUGCAACAGCAACAGCAGCAACAGAGAGAGCAGCGGCGAAAUGACAGCGUGGCGGAAUCCCCGCCGGCAAUGUCCGUCCUGCGCGUCAUGCUUCAGAUGGCACUCUGCGUUUCUGGCAUUUACGUUUGUUUCGGUGUUUGGUCCAUCAAGCAGGAGCGUGUCAUCACGAAGCCGUAUCGUGCGGUGGACGGCGAUGCGACGGCGGAGUCGGCACGGCUGUCGACAGUGUUCGUGAUUGNUGUCAUCACGAAGCCGUAUCGUGCGGUGGACGGCGAUGCGACGGCGGAGUCGGCACGGCUGUCGACAGUGUUCGUGAUUGGACUCGCGCAGGCCGCUGCGGGUGGACUUGUCAGCGCGCUCCUUCUACUCGUGGAGGCGUUGUACGCCCGGCGCUUCACACAGCAGCGCAGUGACGCGGUGCCGAAGACGGAGGCGCGUGUGACGGGGGGCUUUAACGCCAACGUGUUCCGCCUGACGAUGGUGAUGGGCUUCACCAACGCCUUCGGCUCCAGCCUGGGCUACGCGGCGAUGCGGCGGCUGCCGUACCCCGUCGUGCUCGCAACAAAGAUGUCNACCAACGCCUUCGGCUCCAGCCUGGGCUACGCGGCGAUGCGGCGGCUGCCGUACCCCGUCGUGCUCGCAACAAAGAUGUCGAAGAUGGUGCCCGUCAUGCUGGUCGGGUUUUUCUGGCACGGCACGCGGUACUCACUGAGCAAGUGCGCGGCGUGCGGCGUCAUCACAGGCGGUAUCAUUUGCUUCUACAUGCUGGAGGAGGCGCAACACCCGCACCGGGAAUCAAGGCCGGUCCGCGGCAGUGGUGGGAUGGGAUUCGCGCUGCUGCUGCUAAACCUCCUCAUGGAUGGAUUCACCAACUCCACGCAGGAUGUGCUUGUCAAACGCCAGCGGUGGGGCGGCAACAGCCUCAUGUUGUACACGAACAUCGCCUCCGGUGCGUGGCUGGCGCUCGUGCUGGUGGCGUUGGAGCUGCUCCACCCUCUAGCUGGGGUGUUUCUUGAGGUGGAAGAGAUGUCGGGAGCGGCACUGUCGCCCACCACCUUGCCACUGCUGCCACUCCUCGUGUCCGUUGACACUUUUGCCCGCUGGUUCCUGCGCGAGGUGGUGCCGCUAGGCGACUUCUCCCGCACGUACCACUUUUUCCAGCAGUACCCGGAGGCGCUGCAUGACGUUGUUGUGAUGAGUCUUCUUAAUGCGGUUGGGCAGUUUUUCAUCUUCCGCACCAUCUCUCUCUUUGGGACGCUGACGAUGACGGCUCUGACGCUGCUUCGGAAGUCGGGGAGUGUGCUGCUGUCCAUUCUCAUCCACGGCCACCACGUCGCGGCAGGGCAGUGGGUCUCGCUGCUGCUCGUCUUUGCGGGGGCUGUGUGGGAAGGACUUACGCACGCACGCAGGGACACGCCAUCGCCAACCAGUAAGGUGAAGGGCAGCACGACUCUCACCACUACCAGCAAAAGCAAGAAUACCAAUGGCAAGGGCAAUGGCAUUCACACCUCGCCACCUGCUGUACGUGAGGAGGGGGCGACGAAGAAGGGUGCUUCUGGCGGACCCCCGGUGGCUGCACGAUGA